UUAAAACUCUUCAUUUUGAUCCCACCUUAUUUGCACCACCCUUGCUUCUCCAUUCUUCUAGUCGAGCAUACACUAUCGUCUACUUACACACGAGCCGUCGCAUAUCAUCGCCGGUACGGUCGCCGGAGUUAAAAAUAUCUUCUCGUCGUUCAGGAGAACUAAGGAACCAUGGGGAUCGUAGAAAGGAUUAAAGAAAUAGAAGCUGAGAUGGCUCGUACACAAAAGAAUAAAGCAACUGAGUAUCAUCUUGGUCAGCUGAAGGCUAAGAUAGCAAAGCUGAGGACACAACUGCUGGAACCCCCUAAAGGUUCCAGUGGAGCUGGAGAGGGUUUUGAAGUCACAAAGUAUGGCCAUGGACGUGUUGCACUAAUAGGAUUUCCAAGUGUUGGAAAGUCAACACUCCUAACGAUGCUGACAGGAACACAUUCUGAAGCUGCAUCAUAUGAGUUCACAACACUUACUUGCAUCCCUGGAAUUAUACACUACAAUGAUACCAAAAUUCAACUGCUUGAUCUUCCUGGUAUCAUUGAAGGUGCAUCUGAAGGCAAGGGGCGUGGUAGGCAGGUCAUUGCUGUUUCCAAGUCAUCAGACAUUGUUUUGAUGGUUCUGGAUGCUUCAAAAAGUGAAGGCCAUCGACAAAUUUUAACGAGGGAGCUGGAAGCUGUGGGACUGCGAUUAAAUAAACGACCUCCUCAGAUAUACUUCAAGAAGAAAAAGACGGGAGGGAUUUCUUUCAACAGCACGUUGCAUCUGACACAUAUUGAUGAGAAGCUCUGCUAUCAAAUUCUUCAUGAAUACAAGAUUCACAAUGCUGAGGUUUUAUUUCGUGAAGAUGCUACAGUGGAUGACCUUAUUGAUGUUAUUGAGGGAAAUCGUAAAUACAUGAAGUGUAUAUAUGUCUACAACAAGAUAGAUGUUGUCGGUAUUGAUGAUGUGGACAGAUUAUCCCGACAGCCGAACUCCAUUGUCAUUAGCUGCAACUUGAAGCUGAAUCUGGACAGACUACUUGCAAAAAUGUGGGAUGCAAUGGGUCUUGUCAGAGUUUAUACAAAGCCUCAAGGCCAGCAACCAGAUUUCUCCGAGCCUGUGGUUCUCUCUGCUGAUAGAGGUGGCUGUACUGUAGAAGAUUUCUGUAAUCACAUACAUAGGAACCUUGUUAAGGAUGUGAAGUAUGUUUUGGUAUGGGGCACGAGUGCAAGGCACUACCCUCAGCAUUGUGGUCUGAGUCAUCCGCUUCAGGAUGAAGACGUGGUUCAGAUUGUCAAGAAAAAGGAGAGGGAAGAUGGUGGCGGCAGAGGCCGAUUCAAAUCACAUUCUAAUGCUCCUGUUCGGAUAUCUGACAGAGAGAAAAAGGCUCCACUGAAGACGUAGUUUAAUCAGAAGGUGAAGCUUUUAUUUAUGUGCUAAUCGUUGAGACAUCAAUUUUUGAUCGGAGAGUAUAUUGCAGGAAAGUAAUGAGCUAUUCUAGAGGUUUCUUCAGCUCUACGGUGUGAAGCUAAUCAUAAUUAUGAUAUCAGCACUAUGCAGUGUAAAAAAAUAUGGACAUAAGCCUUCCCUCCGAAGGUAAGGGUAACGUCUGUGUAGAUCCUACCCUACCCCGACCCCACUCGUGGGAUUGCACUGGGUAUGUGUUGUUGCCUUCGCUCCGAAGGCAAGAUGUGGUGUUUAGAGUUUCCAUCUGUAGCCCGUUAUUGGAACUUUAGAUGUCAGCUUCCAACUGGCAGUAUGUCUUUGUGAGAACUAAUGUGGUUGAAAUGUUAGAGGCCUGAGGGAACUUUGAUACCCAAAAUGUUUCUUGCGUAUCAAAUACAAGUAAGAAAUUCACUUAUUUUCGUUAAAGAAAAUAAAUAUCCAAGCUUUCAUACCGAACACACCCUUAGUUUUAACGGUGAAAUUUUGGUCAUGCUUCA